CCACAGACAGCUUCAUUUGCACACUGGCUUUAGACCUGAGCACACCUACGAUGGCUACUGGUGGACCACACGUGGACAACCUGGAGGUAUUUUCAGACAUACUUAAAGUUGAAUUUGAACAAAAGAAUGAGCUUUUACAAAGAGACUUACGAGAUCUGGAAGCCAGAAAACUAGUUUUUGGUGACCAGAAACGCGACUUUCAACAAAUGGUGGAUGCGUUUGAGAAAAAGAUAGCUUGCAUCAGGGAAAAUCUCCGGAAGGAAAAAGAUAAACUGGAAACAAAAACACAGGAUCUGGAGAAACGAGAACGUCACUUUGAGGAUCAACAAAAGAAACUAACGAAUCACGUUGAUGAACUAAAGACAAACUCUCAGGAAGGAAGAGAUCAUUUAGUUUCAACUCAGUUUCUCGACGAACACAGAGUAAAGAUUGAGCUGGAAGACAGGGAACAGCAGAAACAAGGACAAGAAAUUCAGGAUGAGUGGAAUAAGAUUAAAGAAACUCAAAUUGCUAAUUGUGAGUCGAACGAAAACUUCAAUGAGACAAAAGAGGAAGUCGGAGAUUUAUGGAAAGCUUUACAGGAAAGCAAAGAGAGAUCAACAGAAGAAAUUAAUAACCUGAAAAGAGAUCUGGAAAGACAGAAAUUAGAGUUUAUUGAAUUUAAGGAACAAACAGAAAGGGAGUUAACAGCAGAGAAGCAGACUCUCCGUGAUGAGAGGGAGCGUUUAAAUGCUGGGAAAAUGACUCUACAGAACCAGAUCGUUGAGUUUGAGCAGAAACAGACCGAAUCAGAGCAGAUCAGACAGAUUCUGCUCAAAGAGAAACUAGAUGUUCAACUUCUGAGAGAAAAUCUGCAGGAGGACAAAAUGGAGUUUGUGGAAACAGCGGAAGAAAUCCAGAAAGAUUUCAACAAAAGUCUAAACGAUUUGAAGGAGAAGCUGGAAUUUCUGAGUGUUGAGAAGAGAAGUCUGGAGGAAGAGAAGCAACGUUUCCUGAUGACUAAGUCAGAAUCAGAGAUGGAACAAGGGAGGAUUUACGAAAUCCUCCAGGAAGAAUUAGACAAUUUGCAUCUGGGAAAACAAAGUCUGGAAACACAAGUGACGGACUUUAGGGAAGAGAUUGCUGCAGCAGGUAAGAUCUUAGAAGAGAAGGAAACGGCUCUAGAAGAAGGGCUGGAGGGUCUGAGACUUCAGAGAGAAACUCUGGAGGAAGAAAAGACAAAUUUCCUGUUAACAAAGUUCAGAUGGGAGGAGGAGAAUGAAGAAAUACAGGCUUACCUCCAACAAGAGCUGAAAAGAUUACGAGCUGGGCAACAGAGUCUAGACAAACAGAUGACGGACUCUGAAGAGAGAAACAUAAAUCCAGAGCCGAUCAUUCAGGACAUCCAACGGGUUCUUCAGGAAGAGAGAGACAGUUUAGUAAUGCUCCCACAAAACCUGGAGGAAGAGGAACUAGAGUUUAUGGAAACAAGGGAAGCAGAAAAUCAUCUUUUAAAGGAGAAACAACGAGCUAUGGAAGAAGAGGUUGAACUUUUGACUCAAGAGAAAAUUAUUUUUGAAGCGAGAAUGGACGACACUGAUAAAAAAAUUGGAAGAAUUCUCCAGCUUUUUCAAGAGGACCAGAAACAUUUAGAUCAGAUCAGGCAGGAGCUGAAAGAGCAACCACAAGCGUUGGAACUGAACGCGGCAUCUUUAAACGUGGAAGACGAGCAGCCAGCUGUGGAGCACGGGUCAGACAGUCCCACAGCUGCGUCUGAAGAUCUGGGGGAACGGAGUUUAGAAAAAACAAAGACAAAUUCAGAAGAGGAGCAUAAAGAAAAGCAUGAAUGCUUCCUAGAUGAGUUCCAGUAUUUAGAAGCUGGGAAUCAGAGUUUAGAAGAACAGAAGAUGGACUCUCAAGAGAACGAAAAAGAUUCAGCCCAGAUUCUUCAGGAGGCACAAACUCUGGCUGACCAUGUCUUGGGAACUGAAUACCCGUUAGGUACCCAGUACCUUGGUACCCAGCAGGGGGUUAGAGGGCACUUGUUACUUGGUACCCAAUACAGGGGCCCUGGCUACGCAGCAUGUCCUCAUAAUGAUGAAACACAAACGAUGGAACUGAGGGAAGAAAUGCAGAAAGCAUCUUUAAACGUGGAAGACGAGCAGCCACCUGUGGAGGACGAGUCAGACAGUCCCACAGCUGCGUCUGAAGAUCUGGGGGAACGGAGUUUAGAAAAAACUGUGAGUACCCAGGUACCCAGUGACGGGUACCCAACUGUUCCCGGUCUUCAUGAUGAUAACGAUGAGCUUCCAGAGAACCCCGGGCCUGUCCAUGGGAGCGCUGAAGAAGCCUGGGAGGCUGAAGAGCCAAGGCCUUCUACAUCUGGCCUAGGAUCCAGCUGGGACCAAUCCGACUUCUACUGGAGAUGUCUUCUUCCAGAACACCAAUGA